AUGAGGACCAGAGCGAUCAUCGUCCUAGCACUGGUGACGUUGGUGACGGCCAAUCCGAGCCGGGAAGAUGGAAACAGCUUGGAAUACCUAGAAGGCAAAUUGACCAGAGCGAUGGACGAGCUCAACGGAAAGGGCACCAUCGAUAUCUACGGUGAUAUGAUUACCUUGGAAAAAGUCCAAGUGGAGGAUAGAGAACUGUCGGAGGACAGCGCGGAUCCGCUCGUGAGCAGGAUCGAGAAAUUCCUGAGAAGUCGAAAGAUAGAAAUUAAUCUUCCGGACGACACCUCGACUGCCGGUUUGUUCGGACGCGCUUUGGGCCAGAGGAACAUCGACAUUGAGCUGCGGAGUCUGGCGCAGGGAACGUCUGAAGCGCGCACGAAAUUGAAGAGGAUGAUCGUACCGUUGCUGCUGCUGUUGAAACUGAAGGCACUGAUCAUCCUGCCCAUCGUAAUCUCCAUGAUCGCUCUGGUGGGCCUGAAGGGUUUGGGCGCCGGUCUCAUGUCGCUGUUGAUUUCUGGGGCGGUAGCCCUAAAGGCCGUUCUUACACCACCGCCGCCACCAAGGGUCUCUUAUGGAGUCGUAAGACCGCACGAAAUUCAUCAUGACCACUGGCACAGGUCAGAACAAGAAGUCAGUCCUUACAGAGGCUGGCAACCGGAAUACAACGGCGAACAAUACCCGUAUCACGACAUCCCGUAAAAAUCGCGAUGUCCUUGCCAUCAUUCAUCCAUUUAUUUAUUUAU